CUUUCAUUUUGUAAAUGAAAGACAAGACCCAAAAGGAAAAGGGGCUUAAAAAAUCAAGUGGAGGAGUUUAUAGGGCAAAGAAAGAGAAAAGGCCAAAGUCUAAGGAGGUCUUCAGAGAAGGUCUCAUUCAACUCCAAACCCCACUCUAACACCGCCUAAUUUUCGUCCCGUCUGGGUGGUCGAUUGUAGCUGAUGGGCCUGAUGUAGAUUGCGGCCAAAGAACGUCAAAACAAAAUAAUCUCAAGGGUAAAGGAUUCAGGGUCGAGAUUGAACCGUCUUCGGAAGAAUCUAAACUAAUAUGCAAAAAGCUUCGAUUAUGAUUCGACCAAUUUCUUCACAUUUUUCUUAAGGAGAUCUGUGCCCAAGAUAACUUUCGACCUCUUCCUCCAAUGCUUAAAGAUGAACAACCUAUUGAUUUCUUUAAACUCUUUCUGGUCGUGAGGGAGAAAGGUGGAUAUGAUAAAGUUUCAAAGAAUGGAUUGUGGGAUUUAGUAGCUAAAGAGUCCGGUUUGGGUUUGAGUUCUUCCGUGUCUGUUAAAUUAGUUUAUGCUACGUAUUUGGAUGCAUUAGAGAGAUGGUUAGAUAGAGUUGCUGAUUAUAAAAAAAACUUGAAAAGUAAUUCAAUUGAUACUGGCUCAAGUUUGAGUGAGUAUUUGAUGAAGUUAGGAGAAGAUUUUAAAAGUUUUUUAUCGUAUUCAAAUAAAAUGGAUGAGGUGUAUCCACAUUUGGAAGAACUGGAUUACGAAGAUGAUGUGAAUGUAUGUAGAAAAGAUGUUAGUAUGGUGGCUGAGUGCAAGGAACUUGAAAAAUGUGUUAAUGAUGAGGAGACUAUACACAUUGGUCCAGAAAAGAGAUAUGUGGAUGCUGUAGAAGUUGUGAAUAUUAGUGAUGAUUCAAGUCUGGAUGAUACUGAUGUAAUGAAUUGUGUACUGAAUUUAUCGGAUUCAGGAGAACAGUGUAACAAUGAGGAUAUGAAGAGUGUAUUGGUGGGAAAAUCGGAUGGAGGCAAUAACUCUGCUGAUAGUGAUAAAGAUGGUAUUGUGAUACUGGAUUUGGAAUUUGUCAAAGAAAAGGAAGGGAGUUCUAGCCGUCAUGAGAAAACAGAAGAUAGUUCUUGUUGUAAGAGGAAAAAUGAGUCUAUGUGGAAAAUGCUGAGUUGGAUUGCUGGGAUUGCGAAGAACCCAUGUGAAUCUAUGGUUGGUUCAUUACCUGAAAGAUCGAAAUGGAAGUCUUAUACAAACGUGGAGUUAUGGAAGCAAGUUUUAUCUUAUAGAGAGGCAGCUUUCUUUAAAAGACAUGUUGAUUCAAGUGCUGAACAAUCUACUGGUCAGAAAAAUCAGAAGAUGCACCCUUGCUUGUAUGAUGAUAAUGUUGGGAGCAGUUACAAUCUCAGAGAGAGGUUAAGCUGCAGCAAGAAGCAUCUUUUGGAGACUUGUUCACAGUCACUCUCCACUGGUGGCCAAAAUGGCUCAAGUAAAGGGGGGAUAGAAAAUGAUGCUGGCAAAGAAUUGCUUCAAUGCAUUGAUUACUCAACUACACUUUCAGUGUUUGACUAUGACGUUGAGAAACCAAUUCCUAUAGGGCCAGGUUUUCAAGCUGAAGUUCCAGAAUGGACUGGUGUGCCUUCUGAAAGUGACGAUAAGUGGUUGGGGACCCAGAUUUGGCCAGUGGAAAAGGUAGAACAUAGAUUUUUAAUUGAAAGGGAUCGUAUCGGAAAGGGAAGACAAGAUUCCUGUGGCUGCCAGUUCCCACAUUCUAUUGAAUGUGUUAGAUUUCAUAUUGCUGAGAAAAGGUCCAAACUUAAACUUGAAUUGUCUUCAGCUUUUCACAAAUGGAAAAUUGAUAAGAUGGGUGAAGAAGUUAUGCUCUCUUGGACCAAGGAAGAACAGAAGAGAUUUAAGAAUAUAGUGAGAUCAAAUCCUCCAUCUCUUGAAAAGUCCUUCUGGGAUCAGAUAUUCAAGUUUUUUCCAGCCAAAAGCAGGGAAGAACUUGUGAGCUACUACUUUAAUGUCUUCCUUCUGCAGCGCAGAGCAGUCCAAAACAGGUCCAACUCAGAUGAAGUCGACAGUGAUGAUGAUUAUGAAUCAGAAUCUGGAUUAGUAACUAAAACUUCUGUACAUGAAACAAUGAAGUCGCCGAGCUCCAUCUUUCAUUCCCCUAACAAGAAGCAUAAAAGAUCUAGGUAGUACUAGUAAAGAUGGAGUAAAUGAAGCGCUUUAUUGAGACAUGUAAAGUCUUUCCAUUUGUAUGUUUUGUUUGGUGAUCAUUUUGCAUAGUUGUUUUGGUGGUGGUGGGAGCAGUCAACUGUAAAGCUCAAGCAACUUCAUGGGUGUUGAAGUGGCUUUUAGUUGGUAGGCUCAGUUUUGAGAUACACAUUCACUAUAAUUUGCCAACCUCAAAAUACUUUGUAUUCUUUCUUAUCCUUCAUUAAUAUUCUAGAGGGUCUGAUCCUUCAGUAAAUGGAAGCCUUGAGAAUAUUUUUGUAGUGAGGAGAGGAGCCAAUAGGCUUGAGGGGUGAUGAUUAGAAACACCUCUCUGUUUGCCUUCAUUCUACUGUCACCAUGUAUCAUUGGACAGCCCCGAGUCUUUUGAACGGGGAAGAAAAGAUUACUAUAGUCGCCCUUGGUUCUUUAGGGUACUUUUUUGUCAUUUCAAAAA